AUGAAAUGCAUCAAAAACGUAUACUAGCUUUGCGAAAAGAGUUGGAUUAUUUAAAAGCUACAGAAUGGAAGUUUGAGUCUGACAAGGGUAUAUCGCAAUAAUCAGUUGCCAAAUAUAUUGUUUUGUCCUUAAGUAUAAAUAACAAAUAAGAUGUGGUCAUACAUAACAUCUAUAUUUGGUUAUUUUUUUAAAUUACAAGAAGAUGAAGGUAGGGAAAAAUUAUUAAUAGAAGAGUUGAUUGAUUUAAAACUAGAAUUGGAAAGAGAAGAAUUUCAUAAUCAAAAUAUAGAAAAUAAAGUUCAAGAGUCUUCCCAGCAAUCUGAAUGUUUUCAAAGAACAGGUUUUGUAACUCAUUGUGGUGAAAGCUAUAUUCUAAUUGAUGGUUCAUUUUACUUUGAUACAUCAGCAUGCAGCUUCAAUUUAAAUGUUAAUGAUAAAAUUUUAUAUCUUGGGUAUAACAACUCAAAUGAAGAAUUAGUUAUCGUAAGAAUCUUACAAAAUGAAGGCAUCGGCUGGGAAAAUGAAGAUGACUCAGAGGAACAAAGAUUUGAUGUGAUAAAUCACAUUAUAGUUGGCAUAGUUGAUUGCAGAGAGGAUCGUAAUGUGUUUAUCCAAGGAGGUGACUUGAAAUUCAAUCUUGAUGAUGUCCAAGGAACCUUUAUACCUAUUGCAGGUGAUUGGCUUGAAAUGCAGUGUUCAAUUCAAAAAAAUGAUGAAAAGUUAACAGACAUUAAUAUGACACAGGUUUUACAAGUAACACACUUUCGUCCACUUCGGACUAAAAUAAAGUCGGGCACAGUAACUGAAUGGUCUGGAAAAGUUGGCAUUAUUGACAAUCAGAUUUACUUCGACAGCAGCACCUUUAUAGAAACUUUUAUUCCACAAGUCGGAGCCAAAGUAAUGGCUGAGGCCAUAGAAAGCAGUCAAGGUUAUUAUUCCUGGAGAGCAAUAAAACUUGCGAUAAUUGAGAAAAAGACUCUUGUUGUUAAUGACUCUCCUCAAGUAAAUGUUGAUGAAGAAAAAAGUCUUGAACUUGAAAAAUCUAAAAAUAUAAGCCUCACAUAUCCUCUGAAAUUUCCUUGUAUUGACAUUACAAGUUCAGAUUCUCUUAACCUUACUAUAACAAACAACAGUCAUAAGGUACACACAUUAAAUAAAUGGAUUAUGCUUAGUAGGAAAAGAGAUUCACAAAUCUUACUAAAACCUUUUAUUACUCAACCACAGCAGUUAUUACCAGGAGAAAGUAUAAACUUUACUGUCACUUGUCAACCAAAAUUUCUUGGCAGCACAAAAGAAUGUUUGGUGAUACAGUUUAAAGGUUUUCAGUUUAUAAGAUAUAUUGAUAUAAGUGUUAUUGACAAUUUUGGAAAUUUGAAUAGAAAUUCAGAUGAAAGGCAAAAAAUUGAAAUGAUUGACAAAAUGAAAAGAAUUCGAAAAGAUAAUGAAGGCUUUAUUCCAGGAGUUAAAACUCAUAAGAGUCCACACUUUACAGCCAGUAAACUUGGCUCUUACCCUAUUCCAGACAAGAUUUGGCAAGUAGUCUUAGGUGACUCUGAAGAAAUAGUCUAUACUCAUGAUUUUGAUAGAAUCUUAAAUAGAAUACGGUCACAUUUUCCAUGUCUAAUUCAAGAUAUGACACUACAAAAUUAUUGUGAUCGGUGGCACACCUUAUUGUUUAUGGAAGAAAUUCAGACCAAUAUAAAUUUGAGAGUAUAUGAUGCACCAAAAGCUUUCUUAAUUAGGCAUCAAGAUUAUCUUGGACUCGAAAUAAGUGGUCUAUGCGAGAGAAGACCGUCGUUACUGGCUGGCGAUAGAGUCAUAGUUAAAGACACAUGGAUUCCUAAUAACAAAAAUUAUGAAGGCUACAUUCACAUGAUUAAGGGUGAUUUAGUUUUAUUUAAGUUUGACUCAAGAUUUCAUGAGUUGUAUGAUGGGGGUGAUGUUUCUGUGCAAUUUCAUCAAAGCAGAACAACUUACAGACGAGCUCAUCAUGCAAUUAAUAAUGUAUUAAAUAGUCUAGGGCCUGAUAUUCUCUUUCCUUCAAAAUUGAAACUGAAGCCGUAUCAAGUUUCAAAGGAUCAAUUGGAAAAGAUAAAUUGGUAUAAUAACGAACUGAAUAAUGGACAGAAAAGGGCUGUAAUCAAUAUUCUCAAAGGUGAAAGUCGUCCACUGCCAUAUGUAAUAUUUGGCCCUCCCGGUACUGGAAAAACAAUCACUGUAAUAGAGACAAUUUUACAAAUUUUGAAAAACAUUCCAGAUAGUAGAAUCCUUGUUGCGACUCCAUCUAAUAGUGCUUCAAACCUAAUAACAGAAAGGCUGAUACAAUAUAGAAAUGAUUUCUCAGGUUCUGUUGUUAGGCUCAUAGCCCAUUAUUUAGCUGAAUCUAACAAUAUAUCUGAUGUGAUUAAACCAUAUUGUGCUACUAUUGACAUAGCUAGAGAAGGGACUUCAAAUUCUAAGCAUUAUGUAAAAGAUAGCAUCAAUAUGAACUGCCAAAAAUCGUAUGUAGGAAGACAUAGAGUUAUCAUUUCUACCUGCAACUGUAUUGGUAGUUUAUUUUAUAUGAAUUUUCCGAAAGGCCAUUUCACACAUAUUAUUGUUGAUGAGGCUGGUCAAGCCAAUGAGCCAGAGUUAAUGAUACCAUUAAGCUUGAGUGACAAGAAUAGUGGACAAAUAAUAUUAGCUGGAGACCCAAUGCAGUUGGGGCCAGUUGUAUUAUCGAAAAACUGUAUUGAAUUUGGGAUGGAUCAGUCCUAUUUAUGUAGAAUUCUUGAAUGCUAUCCGUAUCAAAAAGACUUUAAUUCUUAUGAAGCUGGAUUUGACGACCGUGUCGUCACGAAAUUGUGUGACAAUUACAGAUCAUUAGCAGAAGUAUUAUCACUUCCCAGUAAAAUGUUUUAUGAUGACACUCUUGUACCUAAGUUUGAUAAGAAUACAUCCUGGAUACCAAAGAUAGUAAAUGCGACCUGUGACGUUUUUGGUAUCACUGAAAAUAAAAGUGGCGGGAUAUACGUGUAUGGUAUACAAGGUCAAAAUACACGAGCUGAGGAUAGUCCUUCAUGGUAUAAUCCCCAAGAAGCUUCUAUGGUGGCCCUUACCACUUGUAAACUAUACAAAAACAAAGUGACUCCAGAAGAAAUUGGUAUAAUAUCACCGUAUAUUGCGCAAAUUAAAUAUCUACGCCUUAUAUUUAAUGCAAUGGGUCUACCACAACCAAAAAUUGGCACUGUUGAAGAAUUCCAAGGUCAGGAAAGACCAAUAAUCUUGAUUACUACUGUGAGAUCUACCGAAUCUUUAAUUCAACAGGAUAUCAAAUAUACAUUAGGAUUUGUAAAUAGCCCAAAAAGAUUAAAUGUAGCAAUAACAAGGGCUCAAAUAUCGAUGAUUUUAUUUUGUAACCCACAUUUACUUAGCACAGAUUCGUUAUGGAAUGAAGUCAUAAUGAAUGCAGUAAAUAAUAAUAGAUAUAUGGGGUGUUACUUUCCCAUUGAAGAAAAAUAAUGAGAAAAGCGAAUAUGUUUUAAGUAUUUUUUGGUUUCUAGUUUUAAGAAAUAUAUUAUAAUGCGUAUAA